UGAAAGUGGUUCGAAAAGUGGUCGAUUAUCACGAAAGGAAUAUGCUACGCUUUUCGUGGACGGACGGACACGAUUGUGGCUGAAAUCUCGAGGAAACGGAAAAAGAAAACGAGAUUGUUGACAUCCUCGAUUAGCCCGUUUUAUGAUACCAGUUUUUUUUGUUUAGCUAAAACAAAAUUGAGAAGCAAUCGAUCGAGAAAUAAAAGAGAAUUGAGCGAGCAAUAUCGCCGAUGCAAGAAAUAAUAGAAAAAAAAUUGCACGGUGUGGUCGUUACCUCGGAAGAAUAUUGAGAACAUUUACGUUCGGUUGGAGCGAAACAUGCGAAGAAGCAAAACGAUUGUCGUCAAAAAAAUGAACGAAAACAAUCGCAAUUAUUGAAUCGAGAAAAAACAUCGAAAGGACGACAAAAUUACAAAGACGCGAAAGUAUACAUCGGGAUAAUUUUUGGUUUUUCUGUGAACGUUGUUGUGUUUCUACGUACGUGUGAACCGAGAGAGCGAGAAGAAAAGUGCGUGUCCUCUGGAAACAGACGAGAAAAAUAAAGAAUGAAAUAUAACAAACGAUGUAAAAAGAAAGCGCAGACAAAAAGAGAGAGAGAGAGAGACAUUUUCAAAACGUUUGAUUUAUAAGAAUAAGAUUAAAUAUCGUCUCUUAUAUUUCUUUGUCUCAAUUCUUUUUCACAGUUUUGUUUCUUUUUAUUCCGAUUUUCUUUUAUUGCGAACAAUUCAAUCGAUCACGUGGACUAGAUGUGACUCAGAUAAGAUCUUAAUAAUGAAAAGUGAGAAAGAUGAAUGCGCGUGAGAUAAGAAAGAAAUUCAAAAUAAAAGUGCUUUUUUGGACGAAAAACUAAGUGUCGCAAAAACUUUGUGAUAUACGAGUUAAUAGCGUUUUUUUUGUUUUUGUCUUUUUUUUUAGUAACGACACUUCUUAUCGGAAAAAUAAAGUGCACGUGAAUUGAGAUGAGAAAUUGAGAGAGCGCAAAGUUCUCUCACAAUUGACGCAAGUCGAUUCACGCGAAUGGGGCCGACUUUGAGUAAAAAAAAGGAAGACGAUAAAUAAAGUGAAAAAAAGACUUUAAAAUAAAAAAUCUAAGAACAUAGUAUCAAUAAUACAAUUAUCAUCUCAGUAUAAGUAAUAUAAUUAAAACGUAAAGAUUUUUAUGGCACAGCGCAAACAAUUAAAAUAUAGAUCCAAUUAAAAUUAAUAGCAGACAAAAAACAACAAAGAAAUACAAAAAAUUGGGUAAGUGGAAAGUUACAAUUAAAAUUUCAUAAAUAAUCGCGAGUGCGCAAAAGAAAUUGGUCAAGAAUAUUACAAAGCGGCGAAGAGAGAGAAGCAAGAAGACGCGUGGUAAGAAAAAAAAAGGGAAAAAAAUUAUUCCCCUGACCAGAGAAGAGAUGAAUGUGCGUUUGCACGCAGCGGGACAUGGCGGGGAAGUGGAGGAAACGAAGGGAGAAGAAGUUCUCUUCUUCAACAGCGGUUGUCAGCAGCAACAGGGUCGUUGCGCGGAUUCGUAUUACGGUUGGAUCGACAAGGCGUUGGAUUACGCGAGUUUUGACGAGCGUAAUGUGACGACGAGUCGAAAAGAACUUGAUUUUUCGUUGCGCGAAUUGCAGACGAAGCCGGUGCACUGCGAUUCGGCGACCUUAUCCGACAAGAUGGCGAACGUCUUGCCCGGAGUCAAUAGCGCCUCGUCCUUUCCCAUCGUUACGUCAUCGCACACCGACGAUAACGGCAGAUCGCGAGUUUUCGACAUCGAAACGACAUCUCGCUUGACGGCGAGAGCCUCGUCGUAUGCAAUCGGUGCGGGCAGUUGCAACGUAGCGUGCAACGUUACGUCAGCGUUGUGCAAUGUUGCCCAAACGAGCGCCAACUGCAACAAUUCGGAAGCGAUGUCGUUCUGUCGCGACGACGGCCAACCGACGGUCGUCGUUUCGCAGGAAAUCUGCCCGAUGAUACCGAAGAAUUGUCAGUUGGGCCCGAUCGACGUCGAGGAUCUCGCGAUGUACUUCGACUCGUCGACGGAUAACUGCAGUAAGCCGUCCUCGACGACGAGCGGUCGCGCGAAUCAUUUUAAGAAACCGAGAUACGGUGGACCGAAGGAGCAAUCGUGUCAAGAUCGUAUUGUGGCGCCGGAAGGCAAUCUGAACGAUGCUUAUAAUUUGCGUCCUUGCGAUCUAACAUCGAGCGACUUGCGAAACAUGGAAUAUUCCGACUCCCGUGCUUGUCAAAUAGAAUACAACAACGUUUUGGAUCUCAACGAUCCGCGAUCCCGCCGCGAUCCAGGCUGUCACGACGAUCCGCGACUGUACGAUUCGCCGCCGCGAACGUGCGAUCUGAAAUUCAAUUAUUCGCGAUCCUGCGAGUUCGAACGUCGCUGCGACGUUCUCCGUCGCGAUGUGGUUGGAGAUACUCUCGGACGGAAUGAUCCGAGACCGAGCGGCAAUUGGUUCUGCAACAACUGUCCGGAAUUGUUCGAAUUUUGCAGCGAAGAACGGUGGCUGCAGUGCCCGGCGAGCGAUCGCUGUCCCCUUUACCACAACAAUAUUUACGGCACACCUGUUCUACCACCGUGUGUGUACAAGAAUCUGCACACUGGCUACGACGAUAGCUGGCAUUACGGCUAUCCGGAAGACGAACAAUUUCUCGAAGAUUACCUGAGCAAUGAAAAGAGGAAGGAGAGAUCUCGCGAUGCGGCGCGUUGCAGACGCAGCAGAGAGACCGAUAUUUUUGCCGAGCUUGCAGCCGCGCUUCCGGUUGCGCCGGAACAAGCAGCGCACUUAGAUAAGGCCAGCGUAAUGAGACUGGCGAUUGCCUACCUCAAAGUUCGAGCCGUCGUAGACUCCAUUCCAGCCUCGCUGGCGAAAUCCGAGUCCUCGGCAAAACUGGAUGAAUUAUUUCCGAAAGCUCUCAAUGGCUUUAUGUUAGUACUCUCCAGUGACGGCAAUAUGGUUUACCUCUCGGAGAAUGUCAGCGAUUAUCUCGGAGUGUCACAAAUGGACAUGAUGGGACAAAGUGUGUAUGAAUAUAGCCACCCUUGCGAUCAUGACGAAUUGCGCGAGUGCCUCUCCGUGAAGCCUACAGAUAAUAGUAAGAAACGUGCCUGCAACUUUUUCCUGCGGCUCAAGUGUACCCUCACCAGCAAAGGCAGGAAGGUCAAUUUGAAGAGCGCCUCUUACAAGGUGAUUCACUGUACCGGCAGAUUGACAAACAUUCGCGACUCGAACUCAAAUUCUAUAGAGGUUGAUGACGAAGAACGUGAGAAAGAUGAUGAUUCCGCUGAACACGACACAGGUGCUUCUUUAGUGCUCGUGGGUAGUCCCAUACCCCAUCCGAGUAACAUCGAAAUACCUCUGGGACGCCAUACCUUCUUAUCGAAGCACAGUCUCAGUAUGAAAUUCACCUACGCCGACGAGAAACUGGCCGAAUAUCUGGGCUGGGACAGUGAAGAACUGGUGGGUCAAUCGGUCUUCGAGUUCCAUCACGCGCUCGACAAUCUGGCACUAGACAAGUGCUUCAAAUGUCUAUUCAGCAAGGGCCAAUGCGAGACCGUGGCAUAUAGAUUCCUGAACAAACGGGGCGGUUACGUCUGGGUCGUCACGCAGGCCACCCUCAUCCACUGCUCCAAGCAGCAGAAACCGAUCUCCGUUGUCUGCGUCAACUACGUUCUAAGUGGGGUCGAGCAUGAGGACGAGGUGUACAGCGUGCGCCAGCUUGCCGCGCGCAACAUCGGCGACGCCGAUCUGGUGAAGUCGGAGAAAUCGUUGCCGGCCCUGGUGCCGACCGCCGUGUCGACCGACGCGAGUCACGUGGUGCUGGACGACGAGGAGAACCUAGCCGCGAAAGAGUCGGUGGUCGUUGACGAGGAAUCCGUCAAGAACGAGGACCGACCGCUUGCCGUCACUGCGUCCAUAUUCCGCUCGGCCAACGGAAAAGUCAAUUGCAACAACAAGAACAACGGAUUGCGCAAAAAUAAUAAUAAUAACGCGUUACCGAAACCGAUUCAAGAGAAGGCGUUCGUCCAGGCUCUCAAGGAAUCCCUCGAGGAAUCCAUCAAGGAGUCGCUGAAGGAGAACGACGAGCCGGCCACGGGAGAUCGACUGGAGGAAUCCCGGCCGUCGUUCGCGACGUCCUUUAUACUGCAGGACAAAUCGGCAGUCGAGCGCGAUUCCUCAGACAUUGCCGACGACCAGUGUCAUCAAGAUCGUCCGCAAGCGGUCACAAGACAACUGUUCGCGCCGCUCGUGCCCGCGCAGCAACAACAGGAACAACAAUUGUCGUGUCGCCCGCCUCCACAGACGGCCACAGCGAGCAUCUUCGCGCCUCGUACCGAGGACAUGAACAAAGGCUUCUUGACUUUCAGCGAGGAUCAGCCGGGGCUCACAAUGUUGAAAGACGAGCCGGAAGAUCUGACACACCUCGCGCCCACACCCGGAGACGUGUGCGUGCCCCUGGAAGACACACCUUUCCUGUCGGAUAUGCUAGACGAGUUUAUCUUCGGUAACGACACCUACAGCUGCCCCUUGCUGAGUCCGGGUGACAGUUUAACCCCGGAACUGCGUUCCGCAGACCUAUCAGAGUCUCUUAAAGACACAGACCUAGCAGACACAACCAGAACUAAAAAUGCGGCCGAUCGUUUGGCCGACAGUGAUCCUUUUAUGUACGGAGAUUCGCCCGGAAGUCCAUGCGGUAUUGACACGAGCAGCGUAUCGCCGUCUUUAUCAAAAUAUCGACAGAGUCCUGAUCGAAGUGUGGACUCGCUGGACAGUCCUACAGCGGGCAGCGGUGACGGACUCUCCGAGGACGAGAUGCUCAUGUUGGGCAUCAGCGACAAUAUAGGAGACGACGAACUGGCACUUAGAGCGCCUUAUAUUCCGAUGUCAGAUCAGGACGAGGCGUUGGAUCUGCUCAUCAGUAACGACAUGGCCAUGUGGGAUACGUCACAGUCUUCCGACAAGGGAUCAUCGAAGUGGUUACUCGAAGAUCGUGAGCAGCAUUCGUCUGAAUCCAGUUUGGCGCAAUUACUGCGGACUGAUCAAGCGGUGUCGCGACGAUACAACGAUCACGGCGGAGGUCUGGUGACCUCGCCUCAGGCCUUCGGACAGACACCGAAGAAAAAUCUUGAGCAGCGAUCCUUCGAGUCCGAUCGAUGGUCCUCCAAUCAGGAACGUAACGAUCGUCCAAGCAAACGCAUUCAUUCCGGGCUCAACGCGGAUUCCGGGAGCGAGCACAAACGUAUCAAAUGCGAAGAUUCGCUUUUCCAGCGCAUUAAUCUCGAAGAUACGCUGUCGAGACAGCAGCGUAUGUCGAUUCUUAACAAGAAAUCGUCGUUAAAUCACGACAGUAAUAACAGCAGCCAGCUUCUACGUCGUCUCGUAACAUCCCAAAUACCGAGCGUCGUCGCAUCGUCUUCGUCCAAUACGGGCACUUCCGGCGAACAUCGUCGCGAUGUCUUGCAGCAGCACAUUCGCGUUCUCGACGACAUUAUCGACCUCGCCGGGACGGAGGGCGACCGUGGCGGAGGAGGAGGUGGUGGCGGAAAUCACGACGGCGAAAGCGACGGCUUCAACAAGAUAGACGUGACGAGCCGUGGCCGAACUCCAAUCUGCGGCGGCAGCAGCGUGUUAAUGAAUCUCCUGGUUUCCGGCUGCGAUGAUCCUCUGAUAAAUUCUCGCAAUGUGCCGACCUUGCUGCCGAAGAGCCUAACAACCCCGUUGACCGUCAACGUGGACAACCAGAUGGUACCGCAAUCUACGAACGCCCGCAACGUACUGUCUCUGCCUGAUCAUCUCAGUCCGGACACGAGAAAACAUUUGAUAGGUCUCUUUACCGGCGGCGGUGGCAACGGCGGCGGCGGCGGUAGCAGCGGAACAACCCCCAUAGUCUCGCCCACAUCCGUUGUGAGCUUCGACAGCCUCGAUUACGGCGGUUCCGAUCUGUUGCAAAUGGAAUCGGAUCUGCUCGAAGGCGUGUUGGACCGAACUUUGGUGUGAUCCAGCGCGCUUUUACGUAGAAACAUCGGACGACAAUUUGUCAGUUGAUCAAAGAAAUUAGAAGCCAUAUAACAAUGUAAAAAAAAAAAAAAAACAUUCACUUUGUUCUUGCGCGACGAAGUUCUAGAAUUCUCUUUAAUCUUUCUUAAUAAAAUUAUCAGGACAAAAUGGAAUUAUUAAUUGCACAAAUUUUUUUAACCUGCGCUGGUCGCAACAACUUUGCGAGAAAACACUGUGUGUGGUAGAAAAAUUUGUUUUUUAACGAUUGCAUAAAUUUUUUCAAGAUAUAUUCAAAUUAACUGUUCCAACUUCCUGACAUGUUUGUCUCUCUCUCGACAAAUGUAAAAAAUAUGUGUAAUACACACAAAAUAAUAAUAAAAAAAUAAUAAAUGUUAAAACGUGUUUGUGUUGAAUUGUAAACAAUUGACAAUGUAAAAUUUGGCUUCUACUUUCUGCAUUCAUUGGUCGUCGUUAUUAUUGCGCAUGGGUUUUGAAUGACGGGCGUCAAAGUCUUAAUGGCAAAAGAUCUCGGAAUUUUUGCGAGGGAACGCAGUUCGUGUCCUUGAUGCUCGAAAGUUUAAUUAGCGUACAGUAACGCGAGUCGAGCUUCAGAUUUUAUGGUUAGUAUUCACAGUUCGAUGUUACACCGAAAAAAUUAUAUUCUUGUUUUGAGGAGAUAUCCCACUUACUUUAAGUAUAUUUUAUACUAAAAUAGGC